AUGUGGGGAUGCGGAGAAGGCGUGGUGGAGGUCUCAGGUCUUGAAUCUGGCGUGCGAGGAAGACAUCAGGGGUCAUGGCCGGGUGCGUCGGAACUGUCCGUUAUCUCAUUUCCCAUUGCACUCGCGCUCCCUGCCUUCCUUCGACGUCGAAACAUGGCAGAGGAUUGGACCCCGCCUUGGAAGCGGGACGACGGUGUCCAGGAUCCUCACGAGGUCGAGGUCUCCGCUCUUGAGGAUGCCCUGACCGUUCCUCGGCCAGAGUCAGCUUCGACAUUGACGGCUCAAUCGGCAGGAGAGUACGACAUGGAUAUCGACGACGAACUGCCCACGACCUACUCAUCGUUGCCACCGUCACCCCGCGCUUCUGAGUACUCUCGACGACUCGACAUCUCGGAGCUGCAAUCGGCGUUCAACAGGGCAGAUCCGUCACCGCGCCGGCCGUUUGCGUCAUUGAGUGAUGGAGAGAGUGAUACGCAAGAAUUCUGGCCUGCGCGUUCCAGAAGGCAGACGUUGGACUAUGCCAAUCGACCAUCGCUGGACACCUUACAGAAGCCUCGACGGCACACCUUGUCGAGGACCUCUUCCAACACCACCCGCCAAGAGCUGACGAAGGAGACCACGCGGCUGAAGCCUGAGCCGGAAGUCGACGAGCCGGCCUCACCAGUGGAAGACUCCACGCCCCCGAACCGUGUGAAGGAGACGAAACCGGGGCUCAGUCUGUGGGACCUGCUCCGAGACGAAGACGCAGCAGAACAAUGGGAAGGCUGGAUCGCGGAUGGAAAAUGGGAGCGCAUAGCCAACUUCCUCGCAGUGCCCCUCGUAGUUGAGAAGGACACGAUUAAGCUCUAUGUGAUCUUUAAUGCCCUCGAGAUCGGCGACCGUCUCUGCUGUGCGUUUGGGCAAGACGUUAUCGACACCCUCUUCGCUAGGGAUACACUCACAUACACGGACAAGCGGCGGAAGAGAGAUCAUGUCCGUCCAGUCUUCUUCUUCACUCUGUCACUGGCAUACGUCUUCGUCCAUACCCUCAUCUUCUUUUACAUGCUCAUCUCGCUGAACGUCGCUAUCAACUCUUACGAUUAUACCCUUAUAUCACUCCUCAUCAGCAACCAGUUUGUGGAGAUCAAAGGAUACAUUGUGGAGCGGUUCCAGUUGGGUCUAAUGCUCGUGGUCAUCUCGCUCAGAAACAUGAUCGAGAUGGCAGGUUCAGACUUGGCCUUCCUUCCCCGAAGUUUCGUUCGCGGCAAAAGUCUUCUCGAGCGUAUUCUCUCUCACGCCUUCAUCGCCAAGUUCAACCACGUGCGCGCCACCGUCUACGGACGUUUCACGGACAUUCUCGCCAAAGACGUUCUUCUCGCAGGAACGUAUAAAACUGAGGGUCGCAACAAGAAGAAGUCCCCUCUUGUAUCGCGCCGCCUCGGCAUCGCCAACAUCCCUCUAGCGGUCCUCGUCGUGCGCAUCGGUGCCCAGAUCUUCGGAAUGCUCACAAGCUCGGGGCACGCGGUCGACGGCGAAGCGCUGAGCUCGGGUCUGUUCUGGACGGCUCUAAAGUGGGUGAUCGGCAUUCUUGUCACUGCCACAGCAUGGGGCUGCUUGGUGGUCGUCAAGCUCUUGCUCGGUCUCGGUCUCCUCAGUUACUCGGCACUAAGACAAGCUGGUAUGGAGGAGCGCGAAGCCGAAGACGAGAUGAACAACUUUGGUCGCGAUCCCGUGGGAGUCAGCAAGGAAGAGAUGGCGUACCACAAGGAAGUAUCCCAGUAUCUGUCCCAGCCGGCCGAUGAUCUUCCCGAUCACCCCUCAGCUCCCAUCUCUGCGGCCGACCCCGCGACACCUCGACCGACCCAUACAGCGCUUCCUAAACCGCAAGGAAAGAAGAAGAAUUGGAAACUUGAGGAUGUCGAACGUUGGACGAUGGUGAAGCGCAUUUGGUAG